GUUAUUUUUCUUUUCUUUCAUUGCUUUUGGCAUCGAUUUUGCGCUUGAUUCUCUUCUUCCACUCUUUCCUUCGUCUGCUGAUUCUCUUCCAUUUUAUAUUGCCUAUUUUCUUCCUGUUUGGCUCCCGAGAAAAGUCCUCAUGCAAGAAGGCUGAAUUUUCAAAACCAAGAGCUUGAGUUCGUUGGUUUGACCACGGAGCAUUUCGUGUUUCGUUCAUAUUGUUGUCGUUGUUAUAUUGAUAGGGGUUUUGUUUCUGAAGGUCUAUCAAUUAUACGACCUGCAUUUUUCAAAGAUUCGGUUCACGUUCUUUUGUUCUUGGUUGGAGCUUUCCUGGUUCUUGGUUGGUGCUUCCACUGAGAUAAUAGUCUAUCGCCUCAAUCACAUGAUUGCCAGGGACAUGAUAAGAUUUCAGGAGCCCUGCGUUUGAUGGACUGCUUGCCAAGUAUUAGUGACAAGAAGGCACUUAAGAGGUGGUUUUGUUUUUUAUUGAUAAAAGGGUUGGGUGAAGAAGAUAUCUGAGAUUGAUCUGUUGCCUUGCGUCUGUUUUGAUUACUCUGCUGAAAACAUUUACAUAGCUUUCGAAUUAUAAGUUGUGCUACAAGUCUGGAUCCGAUGGACCUUAAGCCAAAUCAUACUUCCCCUGUUCUUACUGAUCCUGCACCCAUGAACAAGUCAAUACUAGGCGUACAUUCCAGUCUGUUGCCUUAUCCAUCUCCACGAGCAGCUUUCCCUCCAAGCCUUUUCCUGACAAUCCCUAGGAAGAAGACUGGAAUACUUGGUGAUGUUCGCUCAAGCAGUUGGCUGGAUGCCAUGAAAUCUUCAUCUCCUCCUCCUAGGAAGAUAACCAAGGGUGCCGGCAAUGAGUAUGCAUCAUCUGAUUCUGAUGCUGAUGUUGCAUACAAUGCCUGGAUGGCGAAGUAUCCAUCAGCAAUUGCAUCUUUUGAGAAAAUUAACAACCAUGCCAAGGGAAAGAGAAUAGCAUUGUUUUUGGACUAUGAUGGGACUCUUUCACCAAUUGUAGAUAAUCCUGACUGUGCCUUCAUGUCUGAUGCUAUGCGUGCUGUUGUAAAAAAGGUAGCAAAAUACUUCCCAACAGCAAUAAUUAGUGGGAGAAGCCGGGACAAGGUAUAUAAGUUUGUUGGACUUACAGAACUCCAUUAUGCGGGUAGUCAUGGGAUGGACAUCAUGGGCCCUGUCAGACAAUCUAUUUCCGAUGACCACACAAAUUGUGUUAGAUCAACGGAUGAGCAGGGCAAGGAAGUUAGUUUGUUCCAGCCCGCUGCUGAAUUUUUACCUAUGAUCAAUGAGGUUCUUAGAUCCCUUAUUGAACGUACCAAAGAUGUUAAAGGAGUAAAAGUUGAGGAUAAUAAGUUCUGUGUCUCUGUACAUUACCGUAACGUAGAUGAGAAGCUUUGGAAUACAGUAGCACAACUUGUCCACGAUGUACUGAAAGACUACCCACAUUUGCGAUUGACUCAUGGCCGCAAGGUUUUAGAGGUCCGCCCCGUGAUCGAAUGGAAUAAGGGGAAAGCUGUCACAUUUUUACUGAAAUCACUUGGGUUGAGUAACUGUGACGAUGUGCUUCCGAUCUAUGUUGGAGAUGACCGGACAGACGAAGAUGCAUUUAAGGUUGUGAGAGACGGACAUCAAGGUUUUGGCAUCUUAGUAUCUUCUGUGCCCAAGGAAAGCAAUGCAGUUUACUCUGUAAGGGACCCAUCAGAGGUCAUGGAAUUCCUCAAUUCAUUGGUGACAUGGAAAGAGUCAAGUGCUCUAUAAAUGAAUAUAAAAAGAAUAGGAAAUACCUGACAUACAUAUACAAUAAAGACAGCCUACAUGUUUUUUUGGUUUUGGAGCAUAGUUUUCAUGGAAGACGUAUUACAGACAGCAGUGUUGUUGGUCCAUAGUUGCGUCUACUCAAAGCUUCAUGUGAUGAAUGUAUAUUCUUAGCUCCAAUUGUCUCCGCCAUUAUUGAUUGGCAUUAAGGAAUUAUCUUUCAGCCUGCUCUGAGGAUGCCCUCAUCUAUGAGUCUACGACUAAUUCAUUACUCCCCCUCCCCAUUUCCCUUCAGUUUUGGUCAGAACAUCUCCUUUCGGAGUAUGUAAAGAAUGCUUAAUCAUUUGUUAAUUCUUUUAAUUAUAAAUAUUUCCAUGUUUAUAAGAUUAUCUUGGUUAUUAA